CGCACUCACUGUGCUGUGUAAAGGCAUCCUGUCCUCCAGCAAAAAUAGACUUUUGUUCUCUUUCUUGUAGAUAUGAGGCGUCUCCUUCGACUCGGGCCCUCGUUCACCCGCUUAAAUGUCCGGUUUUGUCACCAGAGUGUGUACAGCAGCCAUGCAACUCAAAGGAAAGUUGGAGUGGACCUGGGGGAAAAGAAACUUGAGAUUUCUACUGGAAGAUUUGCCAGAUUUGCUGAUGGAUCAGCCGUUGUCCAGAUGGGGGAUACCUCGGUGAUGGUGACCACUGUCAGCAAAACCAAGCCUUCUCCAUCCCAGUUCAUGCCUCUUGUGGUGGAUUAUAGGCAGAAGGCAGCUGCUGCGGGCCGGAUACCCACUAACUACCUGAGAAGAGAACUGGGCACCACUGACAAUGAGAUCCUUACUAGCAGACUCAUAGAUAGGGCAAUUCGACCUCUCUUCCCUGCCGGUUACUUCUAUGACACUCAGGUCCUGUGUAAUCUUCUAGCUGUAGAUGGCGUCAACGAUCCAGAUGUGUUGGCUAUCAACGGAGCAUCCGCUGCUCUCGCUGUGUCUGAUAUUCCUUGGAGUGGACCAAUUGGUGCGGUACGUGUGGGCCUUGUUGAUGGAGAAUUCCUGAUUAACCCUACAAGGAGGGAGAUGGCAUCAAGCUCUCUCAACCUUAUUGUGGCUGGAGCCCCCAGCAGUCAAGUGGUGAUGAUCGAGGCCUCGGCCGAGAACGUGCUGCAGCAGGACUUCUGCCACGCGGUGAAGCUGGGAGUCAAACACACCCAGCAGAUAAUUCAUGCCAUUCAGCAGCUGGUGAGAGAACAUCGUGUCACUAAACGCACCCCGGUCAAGAUGUUCUCAGCCCCGCCCAACAUAGUGGAACACGUGCGAUGGAGAGCUGCAGAAAAGAUUCAGGCUGUGUUCACUGACUACACUCAUGAUAAGAUUUCAAGAGAUGAUGCUGUCAACAAAAUAAGACUAGAAACAGAGGAAGAGCUAAAAGAGAAAUUCCCUCAGGCUGAACCCUUUGAGAUCAUUGAAUCCUUCAACACUGUGUGCAAAGACAUUUUCCGCAGUCUGGUGCUGAACGAGUACAGGAGGUGUGAUGGCCGAGAGCUGACUGCUCUGAGGAACAUCUCCUGUGAUGCAGACAUCUUCAAACCUCUUCAUGGCUCAGCUCUGUUCCAGAGAGGACAAACGCAGGUACUCUGUAGCGUAACGUUUGAUUCCCUGGAAUCCAGUGUCAAAGCGGAUAUUAUCACCACAGCUUUAAGUGGCGUCAAAGACAAGAACUUCAUGCUCCAUUAUGAAUUCCCUCCAUAUGCAACCAAUGAGGUUGGCAAGAUGGGAGGAAUAAACAGAAGAGAGCUUGGCCAUGGGGCCUUGGCUGAGAAAGCUCUGAGACCAGUCAUUCCUAAAGACUUUCCUUUCACCAUCAGAGUAUCUGCAGAGGUGCUGGAGUCCAAUGGUUCCUCAUCGAUGGCCUCAGCUUGUGGAGGCAGCCUGGCUCUGAUGGAUGCAGGUGUCCCCAUCUCCUCUGCUGUGGCAGGGGUGGCUAUUGGUCUCAUUUCCAAGCCCAACCCAGACAAGCCAACGGAAAUUCAAGACUACAGAUUACUCACUGAUAUUCUGGGAAUAGAGGAUUACCUGGGAGACAUGGACUUCAAAUUGGCAGGAACGAACAAGGGUAUCAAUGCAUUACAGGCAGAUGUGAAGAUUCCAGGCUUGCCCCUUAAACUGGUAAUGGAGGCUAUCCAGCAGGCCACAGUUGCCAAGAAAGAGGUCCUUGGCAUCAUGAACAAAACUAUAUCCAAACCAAGAGCAACUAGGAAGGAGAAUGGACCUGUUGUUGAGAACAUCCGAGUGCCUGUCUCUAGAAGAGCUCGCUUUGUUGGCCCAGGGGGGUAUAACCUUCGUAGGCUUCAAGCUCAAACAGGUGUGACAAUCAGUCAGGUGGAUGAGGAGACAUUCUCUGUGUUUGCACCAACGCCAGGGGCCAUGAAUGAAGCUCAGGACUUCAUCAACGAGAUCUGCAAAGAUGAUCAAGAACAACAGCUGGAGUUUGGUGCUGUCUACACUGCUACGAUCACUGAGAUAAGGGACAUUGGCGUCAUGGUGAAACUCUAUCCAAAUAUGAGUGCUGUCUUACUGCAUAACUCACAAUUGGACCACAAACGGAUCAGACAUCCGACUGCUUUGGGGUUGGAGGUGGGGCAGCAGAUACAGGUUAAAUACUUUGGACGAGACCCAACAGACGGCAGAAUGAGGCUUUCACGGAAGGUUCUCCAGUCUCCGGCGGCGACUGUUGUCAAGACGCUGAGCGACAAACACAGCAUCACUAUGGGAACAGAAGAUGAGCAGGCGAGCAGGACAUCUUCGUGAACAUGCCGGCCUGGUGUUGAAGCAUAGUCCCAGCAUUGUCCAAAGCUGGGCUCACAUUGAGUGAGCACAGCUGUAAAACUAUACACUUUGGCACUGUAGGACAAGGUCCAGAACGACAGAAGAUGUCAGAAUCGGAACUUCUCCUUUACAUGUGGAUGUCACCCCUGCCGCUGUGGCUAUGAGCUAAACUUCAGCUCAUCAGAGACGAUGCUCCUGUUUGACGGAGGACCUGACAAAUGUACCGCCACACCUGAAAUGUUUUGAAACUAGGUUUAACUUCAGUUAAAAUAUUCUGUAUUUUUAUGUUAUUUCAGUAUUAAAAAUUUGUUGUUGAAUAUUUUAAUUUUCCCUGACUGUUCGAUAUGAGGGCAGCACGGUGGCGCAGUGGUUAGCGUGGUCGCCUCACAACAAGAAGGUGCUGAGUUUGAACCCAGGGGUUGUCCAACCUUGGGGGUCAUCCCAGGUUGUCCUCUGUGUGGAGUUUCCCCGUGUCUUUGGGUCUCUUCCGGGUGCUCCGGUUUCCUCCCACAGUCCAAAGACAUGUAGGUCAGGUGAGUCGGCCAUACUAAAUUGUCCCUAGGUGUGAAUGUGUGUGUGUGUGUGUGUGUGUUGUGUGUGUGUGUGUGUGGGCCCUGUGAUGGACUGGCGGCUUGUCCAGGGUGUCUCCCCGCCUGCCGCCCAAUGACUGCUGGGAUAGGCUCCAGCAUCCCUGUGACCCAACUUUGGAUAAGCGGCUUGGAUAAUGGAAUGGAAUGGAAUACUUGAUAUGAACAUUUUAGAUAAAGGCAUCUUGAAUUUUACAAAUUUUAAAACAAAUCCACACCAGUACAGUCCUCAAGCCACAUGGAUACGUCUACUGGUCCUAUUGGAAGCAUCAGGGGCAAUGCACACUUACUUUGACACUUUGCCCUCUGUUUUUUCAUACAGUACAAAAAGCGCUUUGCCACUAAUUUCAGAUGGCUCCUUUCAGCUUGUAGCAAAGUGAUGCUCAGAAUGGUUGAAUUACUCCUU